GACGGGAUGACGUCUGACUCAGUCUGAGUUUCAGGUUUUGAUUUCACCUACCUUUGUUUGUGAGACAUUUACAACACAUGUGUCAGUGAGAAUUAAAAAAGGAGGUGUAUGUGAAGGUUAAUGUGUCUUUUCUUGUAUUGUCUUUAGGCUUUCACACUUUUUUCCAACAGUUUCUGGCUCAAGAUGAAGUCGCUUAAUGCAGCAAAAUAUUUUAUAUUUUCUGUUGAAAGUCGAGAAAAAGAGAAUAGAUGGGAUAAAGAGCUGAAAAUGAUUUCCUGCUUUAUUUUGCUCUUUGAUAGCACAGCAGGUUUCUAUUACAGUAACUUAAUGAAUGUGCCGCUCUCGCUCUCUCCGCUGAUCUGAGUUCGUUCCGCUCACCCAGCAGUUCGCUUCUUUUUCUCAUUUGUACUAAUUUGUGUAAUUAAGUGGGCGGAAAGUCCACACUAGUUUUCACAACACGGCAAAAAUGAUAACGACACAGUUAUUUACCCUUAUGCAUGCGCGUGUGCAAACAGUUGAGAUGGUAUUAAAACGUGAAUUCAGUCAUUCAUGUCAAGGUAAGUCAUCUGCUGAAUGUGUGGCUAAACGCACCAAAAUCUGCGUUUAGCACCACGUCGCCACACGGUCACGUGAUGCGGGUGUUUGACUCACACUUGGAAGUAGUGUUUAGAAACAUCGGCGCUUAAGUAGCUCGACACACUGCAGAAACGUCAGCAUCGAGUGUCUCAUCCCAACGUACUACUGCAAAAAAUAAAUAAAUACAUAAUAAAAUAACCGCAGAAGGCGUUUCAACCAACAGACGUUAAUUGGCAUUUCAUCAAGCAAGAGAUUCCUGUGUGACAGAAAUGGCAAAUCCAGCCAAUUUCACCUAUGGUAACUUCAGCUAUGACGAUUACUACGAGGAUGAAAUCUGUGAUAAGAGUGGAGUGGUGAUAUUUGGAUCCUUUGCCAUUCCGAUUUUCUCUGUUGUGAUCAUACUGAGCCUGGUCGGAAACAUUCUUGUCCUCAUAAUCCUGGCUUUGUAUGAAAAUCUUAAAUCUCUGACCAACAUUUUCAUCCUCAACUUGGCCGUCUCUGACCUCGUCUUCACCGUCGGUCUUCCUUUCUGGGCCAUUUACCACGUCCAGGGAUGGGUGUUUUCUGAAAUUCUCUGCAAAGUUGUGACUUUUAUCUUCUUCACUGGGUUUUACAGCAGCAUUCUCUUCCUGACCAUCAUGACCAUCUACAGAUACCUGGCUGUGGUCCAUCCUCUGUCUGAUCUCAGCACACCGAAACACUCCAUCGGGGUGUUUCUGUCUGUCCUGAUUUGGAUAAUCAGCACUGGAGCAGCCAUGCCCUCCCUCCUCUUCAGCUCGAUCACCAAGGUUUACCACAAAAAUAAUUACUCACAGGGCUGUGAAUAUAUUGAUCCACUGUGGGAAACCGUUGGUGUCAUCCAACAGAAUGGUUUCUUCCUAGUUGCUUUUGCAGUCAUGACUUUUUGCUUCAUAAUAAUUGUGAGAAUCACAAGAACAAGAUCUCACACGAGCAACAAAGCAGUCAAAUUAGUCUUCUGCAGAGUUGCUCUAUUCUUCAGUGCCUGGGUGGCGUACAAUGUUGUAAUCUUUUUGAGGGUCUUGCCUGCUCAUGUGGUCCCGUCAUUAGUUGAAUGUGAAGCAAGCACCGAGCUUGACUAUGCAUUCUACGCUUGCAGGCUGAUUGCUUUCUCCCACUGUUGCCUGAAUCCCAUCUGUUAUGCAUUUGUUGAUGUGAAGUUUAGGAGUCAUUUAAAGUUAUUGCAGGUUAGAAUGGAAAACCUCAUAUCACGUAGAACAAUGUACUAGCUACUCAGUUGGUUUUCUUGCAUAUGUUAAUUGCCCUGUGCCUUUAGUAAAAUUGCAUAUCUCAUAUCAAAUUUAUCUAAUUACAAAAAAAAAUAGGAACUGCUCCAUGUGUCAUAUGUUGCACCCGGCAAUCAAUUUCAAGGCUUUUAUCGUGUGUGUGUGCGUGUGUCACACAGUGUGAAGUAAUUAUUUGACCCUAUGUUGUUUUUAUGAUGUGGGGUUUAUUAGUAAACUUAGUUAUUGCAUUUUGUAUCCUUGUGUUUUGUUUCUUAGUGAAAUUUCCGACUCAUAUCUCCCCAGUUAAGACAAUGAGGUGCAGUUGCCCAGAAACUUUUUAUAUGACCGAUGGUCAUGUAGAAACAUCUUUUCUGUAAAAAACAAAAAACAAAAACCGUUUGAAUAGACAUUAUAUAAAGUGAAAAACAAUAAUCUGCUGGCAUACCAUGAAAAGCACACAACAAUUGGACAGAAAGGGUCAUGAAUCGCUGUGUGACAGGCAGGAGAUUGGACCCAAAUGCUGGACUCAUGGACAAUGAAGGAGUGAACUAAAGAAGGCAGCUUUAUUGAGGCUGCAAAAACUCAGGGGAUGUAGUAGCAGCUUUGAAACUGAAUCUCAGGCCAUGACAGGACUAAAAUACACAGUGGGGUGAUCAAACAGGACACAGAAAGGAAACACAGCUGGGACUAAUUGCUCAGGAUGAGACAAGGGAAGCAACACAGAAUACAGACACGUACCUUCAAAGUAAAACAGGAAGCACACCAACAGAACUUACAGACUCAGAGACCCGAUACUGACACAGUACACAGGGAACACAAGGACAGGGAUAACUUAGACAGGAGACAUGGGACCAGUGCAGGCACAGAGACACAGACACUAAACAGAGGGAGCACAGAAACCAGAAGCUAAGUAAUAGCAAUUCCGAAUAAGAAUUUAUCCAUAACAUAAGACACUCUUAAUCCAAACAAAAACACUGAUUCAACAGACUCAGGACCAUGACACAAAGUGAGGUUGAGUCAACAUUAGCUUUUCAUUUGGUAUUGUUAUAAUUUGUGAUCUCAUACUAAUUUACCAUGAAACAGUUUACGUUAUUUCAUGUUUAACCAAUAUAAUUCUUUAUUUUAAUCAUAUAUUUUUUUUUAUCAUAUAUAUAUACAUAAUAUAUUCUGUUAUUAUAUCUGCUAAACCACUAUCCACAAAUAUCUGUAUUUUCUCAGUAUUACAAAAUUGUAAGACGAUGGCCAAAAUAUCCUUUAGCUUGAUGAGCUGAAUCUCAGAGUCUAGGAAAAGUCAAUAUAAUAGCACUGAAGUGGAAGUGAUCUCAGCACUUUGUGGAGUCAAGUACGCAUUCCUUUCUCAGGUCCAGGAAGUCUGUGGUAUACAGUUAACCUUUGAAAGGUGAUGCAUCUCAGGUUUUGCAGACUUCCUGUUCAAAAGAGUGUGAAAAAAAGAGUCUUAAAAAGACUGUUGUUGUUGUAGCACUACAGUUAUUUUACUGUAUUUUCCUCCACAGAAAAAAUAAAUACAUUUGCCACAUCAUCACACAGAACAUUUUUUGAUAUCCGAAAAAUACUUUUCAUUUUCACCAUAGAGAGGUAAAGCAUUCAGCACAUUUACUUCUUGUCCCUGAAAAUAAACUGGCAUCCAACCUAUUGGUGACACAUGGAAGAAAUAAAGUGAUUCUACAUAUUUUUGUGUGAGACAGACAAUACGUGUGUCGGUUCAGACUCUAGAAAUGUAGGAACACGUGAAUGUAACCAUCAAAUGUUUACAUAUACCUUAGUUUGUUCUUUUGUUUGUUUUUACAGACAUAAUUUCAUUACAACUGUACAUCGCUGAGGCAGCUCAUCAAAAUGUCAAAAGGUAAAUUAAAAUGAGUGUGAUGAAGCCGAGGGUUAGAGUUAGUCCUGAAAUCCUGUGUAGGUCAGUCAAUUAUAUCUAUGACUUUAGAAUAAUAAAUAAAAUUACACAGAUUUCCCUCAAAUGAUAUCUAACUUUCCAGAAAUAUUCAUUGAUACACACAAAAAACAGAGAGUUUAGUGGCGUGUUUAACUAAUGCAUUAGACUACCAGUCAUAAAAACAA